AUCAUUAACGCCUGCCUUUUUUUACCAGAUUCAUUUGUUCCACCAGAGAUUCGAGCGCGGGGUCCAGAAGCCGAACUUGCCUUCCAAAAAGCCCUGCAGAAUGGAAAGGUGAAAGUUUACCGUGGUCGCAUAAUGCUACUUGGCCAGGACAGGGCGGGCAAAACGAGUCUCAAAAAAUCUCUUUUGGGAAUGCCUUUCAACCGACAGGAAGAGAGUACGGUCGGAGUUGAAGUUGAUCCUUCAAAAUGCCAAGUGGACGUCGACCAAAUUAAAAAUUGGGAGCCCAUAAAAGAUAAGAAGCUUGAAGUAUCUGAGUUUGCUAAAGACAUUGCAAUGCUCAUCGCAAAGGAUUUUGCUGGACAGCACCUAUACUAUGCGUCACAUCCUGUCUUUCUGUCACCGCGAGCAGUGUACGUUUUGGUGUAUAAUCUUAGCAAAAGUCUAAGUGCCGAAGCCGAGCCCUGUGUCAGACAAGGGAUUCAUGAUCUUGUCUUGGAGAACCCAAACAGUGAGACCAAUUUGGAUAGUUUAUUGGCCUGGUUAGUUUCUGUUCAUAGUAUUCGACGUACCACAGAGAGUAAAGCUGUACAAGGUUCAGAUCAUCAAGGCACAGACUUGCGCUAUCUUCGUCCACCAGUCUUCAUUGUUGGUACAAAUGCUGAUCACCCUUUUGAAGACCCCAAGAAAAUGGAAAAGUGCAUCGAGAAGGGUAUCUCCGGCAACACCUACGAAGAGCACGUGAUCAGGCCAUUCUUUNGGAGUUGAAGUUGAUCCUUCAAAAUGCCAAGUGGACGUCGACCAAAUUAAAAAUUGGGAGCCCAUAAAAGAUAAGAAGCUUGAAGUAUCUGAGUUUGCUAAAGACAUUGCAAUGCUCAUCGCAAAGGAUUUGAGUAAGGGACAAGCUGACAAACAAGAUAUUUCGCAGCCCGCGGAAGUCUUAGAAGAGGUACCAUUGAUGAAACAUUGUACAUUUUUUUUAACCUUUUGUUGCUGUGGUCGAGAUGACGAUUUUGUUUCUUUAGCUUGAAACUGAUACUUUCAAUCAGAUUAUCUCAACCAACAGCUUCGUCUGAUUUUGUUUUGCUGUUGUUUAAUGUUGUAUUUUUGUUGCCUGAACAGUGAAGACGUUUUUUGCUGAUUUACUAUGUUGAAUUUAAGGUGGCUCUUCUGGAUUUUUUAGGGGGAUACCUCUCAAGUUUGAGCAUUAACUCGGCAUGAGAUAUGGAAAAAAGGUUUCCACAACUGUAUUUUAUGAAGAUGAAAAUUUCUUAUGAUCUGGGUUUUAUUGCAAUCGGAGUCGCCAUGGCAACGUAAUGUGCCAUUACAUUGUUUUAUUUAUCUUUGUGUUUCUCUGUACCAGGAGUUUUUUUUUUUAAGAAAUCGCUUAAGGCAGUAUCUACCUGCCAUAAUUGCCUCAAUUAUGGCAAAGUUUGAUCAAAUUCUAUUACAGCGUUUUCGAAAUAUUUUUCUAAAGCUUGUUAUACACCUGAUUGUUUUAUAGAGUAGUAGGGGCGAAUUGGACGGCAUUAGGCCAAAGCAAUCUGAGACCUUGUCAACCGUAGCCGAGUCGACAACGAAUAUAAAACCUGAGAGCACCUCAGAGCUUCAUGAGGGGAAUGCAGAGGGGAAACGUUCAAGCAGUUCCUCAGAUCAAGGUGUGCAAUUAAAUAUCGACACCACUGCGGCGUUGUCGGACGAUGUCACAGAGUUGGUCAUUCAAUACUUGGAGCGGCUCAAAUUGGAUGAUGACAUCAAAGCAAAGGAAUUCAUUUUAACGCUGUGCCUAAAACGACCUGUCGUGGAUAUGAUACGCAGUGUAGGACAGAAAGACAGUGGCGCUCGUCACAUGCAAAACCACAUAUUAGAAUCGUUUUCAGAUUCACGGCUUCGGCUCGGGACACAGUCUGUUCCCUUUCAUGAUCUUGUCUUGGAGAACCCAAACAGUGAGACCAAUUUGGAUAGUUUAUUGGCCUGGUUAGUUUCUGUUCAUAGUAUUCGACGUACCACAGAGAGUAAAGCUGUACAAGGUUCAGAUCAUCAAGGCACAGACUUGCGCUAUCUUCGUCCACCAGUCUUCAUUGUUGGUACAAAUGCUGAUCACCCUUUUGAAGACCCCAAGAAAAUGGAAAAGUGCAUCGAGAAGGGUAUCUCCGGCAACACCUACGAAGAGCACGUGAUCAGGCCAUUCUUUGCUGUCGAUAACACUCAGUCGCAUAGCGAUGACGGGAUCCAGAAACUACAGAAGAAAAUCAUGGAAGUAUUGAAACGGGAACCGUACAUGGGUGAAGAGGUACCAAUUAGGUAUGUUUCGCAAAAUAGUAUGUUCUAUUCAAAGUAGUAAUGCGGUACCCUUUUUUGGAUUGGACUGAAAAGCGCGAUUAAAGGGAAACUCAAUAUAACACGUCUACUUCACUUAUGUCAGGUUCCGCUAUUACAAAAUUAGCUGCAGUGUUCAUGCAUAAUGGCAAAUUUUACAUAUUUUGUUGUUAAAUGAAAUGUCGUGGCGUUUCGUCGUUUUUUUUGUUUUUUUUUUCAUUUCAGUUGAGGGGUUUAAUUAGACCUCUCAGAACAACUUGCAGCUCUUCCAUGAGCAAGCUAGGCGUAAAGUGAAAUAUUCAAUUCUCCUAAUGCAAAAACCAAAUACACAAAGUCAAACCCACUUUUUUUACCUCCAAUCCUUUUUCAGUCGUCUCUGCUUGUAACGAUUUCUUCGUUGUCCCUUUAUUGUUCACAAUAGGUGGUUCAAUUUCGAAAAAGUUGUCGAGGCAUUGGUUGCGAAGAAAAUUUUCCACAUGUCCCUGAACCAGAUUCUGACCGUCACCAGAAGAGUUUGCCAAAUCGAGGACGAUGCGGAGCUGACGGCCAUGUUGAAUUUCUAUCAUGAUCUUGGUGUUAUAGUCAAGCAUGGCCAUACUGUGGUGCUGCAGGCUCAGUGGCUUAUAAACCUAUUUAAACAACUGAUAACUGUCUCGCCUUUCAAUGAGUUGGUAAGUAAGUGAUUUGGGACUUGAAGAUUCUAAGACGAGGACGAAUGCGAGUUCUAGAUUUUGCUCGAUCCAAAGAAAAGCGCGCGUGAACCAGUUUCAUUAUUGGGGAAAAACGUGACAGCCGUCGUCUUUUAUUACGAGGUUUAGCGAUGGUAACCUAGUGGCGGAAACAAGAGUUAUCAGAUGUUUGAAGUUUUAUCAUUUUGCGAUCGGGAAGGGGCAUAAUCUCCUUCAAUAAACGUUACGGUAGCAUUACGGGGUGUCUAUUUUUGACAAUGCGCAAAAAGAUUUAAUAUAAUUCUAUCUAGUACUCGUAGUUAUUCUCGUCCUCGAAUCUAAAGGUCUCUAACUGUGUUCGCGGGGUUCGGUGUUUGUAUCCCUGGGCCGAUAUGAAUCCUUCUUAAACUGAUACAUAUUUCAUACAUCUGCACUUACUGUCCCUUACGAAAAUCUCUUACAAAAUCUUGAAUACCUCCGUUAAUGAGGACUUUAUUAACCUUUUCCCUCGUUUUUGUACUCGUUAGGUAUUAGAGGCACAUCAUGUAGUCGCUUAUCAUUCAACAACUAUAACAUUUUUUAAUAUAAACUAUUUUAACAUAACAGAACGAUUUCUCUUACGUCCGUUGAUCGACAGCUAUUGUCUGUGCGAAUAGACAACCUCUUCAUAGCGCAAACAUUUUUCUCAGCCCUCGCUCGUAAUUUUCUGGUGAUUGUCUCUAGAAUUAGGCAUGUAAGCACUUCAGUGUUAUUGCAAAAAAAAACAAAAGUCGACCAUACCAACAACAGGCCUCUAUGAGAUUUAUUCAUGUUCUUGAGAUGUUCUUGAAUUGUUCUAAAUUUUAGGAUCCUUUGUUUUCGAAAUGUUGGCGCGAGCUGGAAGAAAACGGCAUCCUUAGAAUGGCUCUUGUAGAUCACGUUUUCACGGAUUUCAUUCAGAAUGGCCUUUUAAAGCAGGACAUUCUUGAUAUGAUGGAGCUGUAUGGCUUAAUUGGCAAGUUCUCCUGCAUGUCUUCGAAGGACGAUCAAGUGCAAGAAUACUUUGUUCCAGCUCAGCUCAGAUCAUCCCCAUCUGGUCUAUGCAAGAUAACACCCUCCGAUGGUGAUCCGUGUCCACUAUAUAUCCAUUUCCCUGAUGGAUUUGUUCCACACGGGCUCUUUUCUCAGCUGCUGUCAAGGUGUAUCAGUUGGUGCUCCCAACAAGGCCUCAAGCAGUCUCCACAGCUAUUUAAUAAUGGUGCAAGGCUUUUCAUUAGAAAGCAGAGUGCCUUCGAGCUUUUCCUAAUUUGCAGAAAGAGAUUCAUCAAGGUUGUGUUGAAGAUGAGUCAGAGAUGUCGUUCUAUGAGUGGGUCAUUGACAGCUGCCUUAAUGAAAAUGGCCAAUGAGGUUCGGGCCUUUGUUGAGGCUUCUUUAAAAGUCCUUACGUCUGAGCUGUCCUGGUUGCAGAGCCUCAAGUAUGAACUGUGUGUCGCUUGCUGUCUCUGCUUGCAAAAUGGCGACCAGUGCACGAAACAUAAAUCAACAAGUUGUUCUCAGGAUGAGUGCCUUCAUCUACUCCGAGUUCAUCCCGAAGAGGAGCCUUUUUGUACGAAGAGCUACAGUGGUGAAACAGUUAAGGUGAAUGGAUUGGAGAAAUGGUUCCAAGCCUAUACAGCUCAGGUAAUCUUGUCACUGAUGCCAUCUGUUUAA